AUGGGCUCCUCCUCGAUAAUCAACAUUCAACGCGAUAUUAUACUUAACACCAUUCGCAAUGCCGGUGGCCGCGAGUGGAAAGUCUUGGUGGUGGAUGAGAACAGCAAAAAAUUGGUUGACGGCGCCGUGAAGGAGGAAGAAAUCCUCAAUCUCAAUGUUUCGAACGUCGAACAGCUCGAACACCGACGGCCGUCCAAUCCCGAUAUGGAUGCGUUGUACAUCUUGUCUCCAGAAUCGUACGUGGUCGACUGUUUGAUGGCAGACUUUGAGGUGGGACGAUACAGGAAGGCUUUCUUGGUGUGGACUUCGUUUCUCGAUCCACAGCAGAGAGCCCGGAUUGAUCGCUCCCAGAUGGCGCGCGAGCGCAUUGCGGACUUCCAAACCAUGAACAUCAGUUUUUAUCCCAGGGAAUCACGUCUGAUCACAUUUCGGGAUCCAUGGAGCUUUCCGGUGCUCUUCCACCCCGGUUGCAACAAUUUGAUUCGAGGUCAUCUGGAGGACUUGGCUCAAAAGGUUGUCUCUCUAUGCGCUUCUCUGGGUGAAUACCCUAUCAUUCGUUAUUAUCGGCCUCGCUCUCCGGCUCACGAGGCUGGAGUCAUGUGCUCUCAUCUGGCACGUUUCAUUCAAAAUGAAAUGGAUCAGUUCGCACAACACCAGCGUGACUUUCCUCCUCAAACAAACCGUCCUCGAGGCGUAUUGCUCGUCGUAGACCGUUCCAUGGACUUGUUCGCGCCUCUCAUUCACGAAUUUACAUACCAGGCCAUGGUCCAUGACCUUCUUCCCGUCAAGGAAGGAGACAAGGUUAUGUACAAAACGGUCAUAAAUGAGGGGACCAAAAACGAGGAGAUCAAGGAGAUGGAGAUUGGAGAGCACGAUCGAGUCUGGGUUGACUACCGCCAUAUGCAUAUGAAGGAUGUGCUUGGAAAGCUAGGCGAGGACUUUGCCAAAUUCCGAGCAGCCAAUCCUCAGUUCGCCGAUGAUAACGACAAAUCUAAUGUGAACACCAUCAAGGAUAUGCUGGGUGGCCUGACAGAGUUCCAAGAGGGCAAGAGUGCUUAUACGCUGCACCUUAACAUGGCACAGGAAUGUAUGAAUUACUUCCAAACCCGCAAGCUCUUGGAAGUGAGCUCCAUUGAGCAGUCAUUCGCUACCGGUCUUGAUGAGAAUUACAAAAAGGCAAAGAACCUCGCAGCGCAACUCGUACAGCUUCUCGACGAUGACUCGGUUGUGCCACCAGACCGGCUUCGGCUGCUACUUCUGUACAUCAUCUAUCGGGGAGGACUGCUUGGUGGUGACAUUCGCAAACUCAUGGCGCACGCUGAACUCCCAUCGAAGGACGGCGAGAUUAUUGCUAAUCUCGAACUCCUCGGAGUGCGUGUAGAGAAGCCUCUCAAGGACGAAAAACCACCUGUUCAACCUCUGUUUACCCGCCGAAACCCACCACCCGAAUCAGAUGAGCUAAGCCUAAGCCGCUACGAGGUGGCCGUCAAGCAGAUGCUCGAAGAUCAGAUCCAAGGCACUCUCGACCCGACUCUCUUCCCAUUUACACGACCACAAACUGAGACGGACACCGCGCUAGCUGCCCAAGAAAUGCAAUCGCAGCAGGCAUCUUUGCGCAGCGCAAAACCAACCUGGGCACGCACAAGAUCUGUAGACCAGCCUCGCCAGCGCAUCAUUGUCUUCAUGGCUGGCGGUGCUACCUACGGCGAGUCACGAGCUUGUUAUGAAGUCUCAGCGGCAUUGAAUCGAGACGUUUACCUCGCCACUACGCAUAUGCUGACACCAGGUCUCUUCCUCCGCCAGAUUGGUGACCUUGGUGUUGACCGGCGUCGUCUUGAUCUUCCGUCCGAGCGCCCCAAACCUACUGCCCCAGCCCAUCUCUUUGAGCGCGAGGCCCCUCCGGCGCCCACUCCGCAGCCACAGAAGAAGAAGCCUAUCUCGACCGCACACCUCAAUCCCCCAGCUCCGCCGGAAGCAUUGAUGGCUGGCAUGUCCAUCAACUCAAAUGGAAGCGGAAGCAGCCCCGCCUCAUCUGGCAGCGGAAAGCACGAUAAGAAAGACAAGGAUAAGAAGGAAAAGAAGGAAAAGAAAUAUCGUUUCUUCAAGUAA